GACAGGGUGGGUGUGGUCUCGGCUAUCAUCGGCAAGGAUCGUAGGGCUCCGGGUACGCAUGCGCUGUUGCACCAGUUUGCUGCAUCCCCCUGAUUUGCUCGAGCUGACAGCUGCGUCAAGCUAGCGGAGGCUACAACUACAAAGACCGGCAGUUAAGGUGGACGGACGCUGCCUUGGAAACGACAUAAAUCCAAUCCACGCAGCUGGGGUGAUAUCUGGGAUCCAGUUUUGCUUACUUCAAAGGCUUCCGCUCUUCUCCCCCUCCUCUUCCUCAUCUUCCUCCUCCACCUCUCUCCAUCCAGCUCUGCUCCGCCGAACUGCAAACAUGGACGGUCUGCAAUGAAAUGGGGAGCAGGGGAGCGCGACUGGGAAAACCUAUAAAUAAGCGAGAGAAGGAGGAGUAAAGCACGGCGACAGAAGAGACCGCAGCCAGGUUUAGACCAGCAUGCCGUUGGUUAAGAGGAACAUCGAACCCAGGCACCUGUGCCGCGGGGCGCUGCCGGAUGGGGUGACCAGUGAACUUGAGUGUGUCACCAACAGCACCCUGGCAGCCAUCAUCAAACAGCUGGGCAGCCUAAGUCGCCACGCAGAGGACAUCUUUGGAGAACUGUUUAAUGAAGCCAACUGCUUCUAUCUGAGGAUGAGCAGCCUACAGGAGAGAGUGGACCAGCUGGCCGUGAAAGUCACUCAGCUCGACUCCACGGUGGAGGAAGUCUCCCUGCAGGAUAUCAACAUGAGGAAGGCCUUUAAGAGCAGCACCAUUCAGGACCAGCAGGUGGUGUCGAGGACCUCCGUGCCAAACCCUGUGGUGGAGAUGUACCAUCGCUGUGACAAACCUCCACCGCUCAACAUUCUCAGUCCGUAUCGAGAUGACAAGAAGGAUGCUCUGAAGUUCUACACUGACCCAUCCUACUUCUUUAACCUGUGGAAGGAGAAGAUGCUGCAGGCCACUGAGGACAAACGCAAGGAAAAGAGACGGCAGAAGGGCUGUCCGGCCCACCCUGACAGGUCCCACUCCAGACAGGCCCCACCCAGGAGCCCUCUGUCCAUCUCCGAGCAGCAGAGGCAGGUUGAGGACCCGGGCAGAGAGGUGAAGAAGGUGCGUAAGGCUCGUAACCGGCGUCAGGAGUGGAACGUCCUGGCCUAUGACAAAGAGUUCAGACCAGAUGCUAGGCUCACCCCCUCCCCCUACCACGGCAUGUCCUCUGAAGGCUCCCUAUCCCCUGAUAGCAGGUCGAUGGCAUCCGACUCGUACCCAGCCAGCCCCAACCACCCCUCCGCUCAGGCCCCCAGCACCGCCCACCCCACUGACCACCAUGUCAGGGAUCACCUCAGCGCCACAGCCCAGACUCAAUCACUGGAUCGAGGCCUACGGCCAGCCAACCAGCCCCCAGGGGCUGGGGGGACUGCGGCUGCGGGGCGGCAUGUAGCAUCCCUGGGAAGGACCCCCUCAGGACACGGGGUCCAGGCUGGCGGUGAUCCGACCGUUAAUGGGCCAAGGCAGCAGUCAGUUAAGGACUACCGGGCUGGACAUGGGUAGGUUCCAAUUAGGAUU